AUCCGUCCGAGAAGGGAUGCCCGGCCACCACGAGACCCCUCCGCCGACCCGCCCCACCUUCCCCAGAUUGACCUCCGCAUGCAUCCGCCUGCCGUCAUCGAACCAAUUCGGACUUGAUCACUCAACUCACUGAUCAACCUCGGUUUAAAAUUGCACCAUAUCUUGACCCCUCAACCAGAGAAUAAAGCAACAACAACAAAAAAAGACGAAAUGGCAGUCUUUUCGCUCCCGUCCGGACGGACCAUCUCGUACGAGCUCACCUACUCCAAUGAGCCCACCCGACCCACCGUCCUCCUCUCCAACUCACUCUCCUCCCAGUACCGCUUCUGGUACCACAUCGUAGAACGCCUCCACGAUGCAGGAUAUCGCGUUCUGCGCUACGAUCAUCCCGGCCACGGCGCCUCGGGUGUGCCCGAUGAUCUCUCAUCCACCACUUUCGCCUCUCUUGCCGAAGACGUCUACGCCCUUCUAACCAGCCCUGACGUCGCUUCUGCCUUCCAUGGCCAUCACUCCCCGGAUGCUGCUUUCACCCCUUCACUGCACGCCUGGAUUGGCGUCUCCAUGGGUGCUGCCCUAGGCGUCGUUUUCAGUAGCCGCUACCCCGGCGUCGUCCAGAGACUCGUCAUCUGCGACACCAUCUCUGCUUCGCCCAAGAACGCUGGUGUGCCCGAUGCGUUUGGCCCCCGUGUAGCUGCCGCCAGAGAGCACGGAUCUAUGGAGAAGGCCGUGGCCGAGACUAUGGACCGCUGGUUUGGUCAAGACUGGAUCAAGGCCAACCCAACUGAGGCGGAGCGUGUGCACUCCCUGAUGAAGCAGACCAGCGUUGAUGGCUUCGAGACCUGUAUUGCCGCCCUGAGGUCCGAUUCCUUCGAUAUCCGACCCUUGAUGCCCGGACUUGGAAACUGUGUUCAGCAUGUGCUACUCGUGGUUGGCGAGAAGGAUGCCGAUCUGCCCGAGAAGAUGAAGGAGUUGCGGGAUGCCUGCCCGGAGAGCCUGAAGGCUGAGCUUAAGGUCAUCCCAAAUGCUGGGCAUGUGUCCUUUGUUGAUGGAAAGGAGGACUUUUUAAAGACCGUGAUGCCAUUCUUGGGCGAGAACUAGAGGGUCACUGCCGGACAGUGGGAACAUCUGCUGCUAAUGGCGGCUGCAAUGGCUUGAGUUUGGUAAUAGAAUGGUGGUAGCGCUGGGCUUCCCAAAACCCGAACCACUAGGUGUCACUCUGGCAUCACACUUUUGAGCAAGGUGGAAA